AGGGGAAUUUAAACAUGAUGAACAAGUCAACACCUUUUCAAUGAGUCGUGAAAGAAACGGAAAAUUGUAUGUUCCUGAAAGUGACCUCAGAGAGAUACAGAUCCUAGAACAGCCGGCCUGCUGACAGAAGUUUUAAGGAUUUGGCGUGCAGAUAAGAGAUCAAAGAAUAACCCAACAGCAAAAAAAGGAAAUAUCCACCGAAGGGGGCGUGCGCACUCAUGUGUAAACGUUAACUCCUUGAAAUAUUCCGCUAGCCAGUACGUCGCGCAUUUUCCUAUGCUUUGUGUUCGAGGGAACAUCACAAUUAAACCGUGCAUAGUUUACAUUUUUCACGAAGACGCGAGGAUUACUCAACAUUUUCUCACAGUCGGCGACAUCAGACAGUCUUAUUUAAAAUCAGCGUGCUCAAGUUGAAGUUUACUUUUUGUGGAAAGGAACAUCAUGGCGCGAACACUAUGGAGGAGUUUAAUCUUAUUUUCACUACUCUUCUCUUGUGAAGCUUCGGACUCUGUAACAUUUGAAGUUUUCGAGGAACUCGAACCAGGAACAUUUGUGGGAGAUAUUUCAAACAGUACAACAGUUAAGGCACUGAACGCGAAUGAGAAUUUUAAACAGUUUAUUCUCAGGUUUCAGUUCCUUGUGAAUCAAGUAGCAUUCAGAAUAAACGCAAGUACAGGAAUAAUUCGCACCAAAACUAAGUUGGAUAGGGAAGACUUAUCACUUGUCGACGAUACUUUUCAAACUCAAGUGCGAGUAUCCAAAGGUUUUGGAAUCGUGAAUAUGCCGAUAGCGAUUAAAGUUUUGGAUAUUAAUGAUAACAGUCCAUAUUUUCAGGAAACAGUUCAGAACAUUGAAAUCUUGGAAUCUGCUCCGUUGGGCGCUGAGCUGGAAGUAACGGUUGCCGAAGACAAAGACAUCGGCAGCAACACAGUUCAAAGUUACAAAAUCAUCAGUGGAAACGAGCGGGGUGAUUUUAAGCUAAGAGUUUCUCGUCCUACUUCGGAACUCACGAAAGUCAAACUUGUGGUGGCGAAAAAGCUAGACCGCGAAAACAACGACAGCUAUUAUUUGGUGAUAGAAGCCAGAGAUGCAGGUAACCCGUCUAGAUUUGCGACCAAAGGUCUCGACAUAACUGUUCUUGACUCAAAUGAUCACAUCCCAAAAUUUAGCAAGGAUCUCUUCACCGGUGAAAUAAGAGAAAAUUCACCUAAUGGGACAUUUGUGCUUCAAGUUAAUGCUUCUGAUAAGGACUUGGGUACGAAUGCCGAAAUCGUCUUUUCUUUAAAAUCUCCACCACAAUAUGAAAACCUCUUCACGUUGGACGCGCAAACUGGCGAGUUGCGAACUAACGCUGUUUUGGAUUACGAGCUCUCUAAGGUUUACCAGUUGGAAGUUACAGCAAGAGACAAAGGUCCAGACUCAAUCCCUUCAAGUGCUGCUGUUAGAAUCCAGGUUAGUGUAAAAUGUUUACUUGCUUUAAUAGAGUUAGAGGACUCAGAGUCCAAUUUUGUGAACAAAUGCCAUGUUCGAGGAAUAGGAAGGCUCAUUGUUUUGCAAUUUGUCGCGAUUUUAUUUUUAGGCCAAACAGUCUCUUAAUUUUAUAACUAUACAUCAUUAUGUUGCCUUUCAUCUCUAUUGUCCGUAAAUGGUUGACUUUUUAGUCUUGGUACGCUUAUGUUGAAAUUUACAAAGAGAUUUACAUGUUAUGAUAACAGCAGUUGACAGACGAACAAAAAAGACUGUUGAAAGGAGAACCAGACAUGAAAUUGUUUUAUGAUUACCCCGCUUGCCCUAAACGAAUUGAAACCUCGUUUCUUUGCCUCGGUUUAAGAACUAAAACGUUAGAGCAUCUUUUAUUUCUUAAUCUUUAAUUGCUGGAAGCCUGCUAAUUUAAACAAAGACCCUUUGUUAAAACGUUGCCUAAAACUGAGAUACGCGAAAAUGAACAGUUGAUUCUGAAGAAUUCUCUUUGAAUCGCAAGCAAGGGUCUCGCGUUAUGUUGUUAUAUUACUUCACUUAGCCUCCUACUCGACUCAGCAAGAAUUAUUGCUUUUAAAGUUAUAAGAAAUUAAAUUUAGAUUAUAGAUCGCUUUAUGAGAUAUUGAGGCAGUAAUUUUUGAUGGUUUUUGUUUUGAUCGAGACUUAAAUAGUAGCGAGAGUCUGUUCUCCAGCAGGUUGUUGAAGCUUGCUGUGUUACAUUUCAAGUUCACUUUUGAUUCAGUAAAUACAGUGUAGAUAGAUUGUGUUUGUAAACGAAAGAGAUAAACAUCAGUCGUUGAUUAACUCUUAUCAUGCGAAUCCUUAAACUUCCCCGCUGUGAGUCCAAUGAUAGUGGUUUAUUAGACACAAUACAGUCUCUUUUGGUGACCUGCCUUUGUGAUUAAAAUCCUAAAUAUUCUUUGUCAAACAGCGUAUCACUUUCAAAGAUACACAAUAGCUUUCCAUCAUCUUUUAGAUUAAGCUUUACUGAAAGACUUUUCAUUAUAUAUUGCUAUGAAUCAGAAAUGAAAAGUUCACAUGUUUCACUAUACUUGCUUGCAACGUGCCUAUUUAUGAUUUAACACCGGCGGUCUAUCUGUAUUUCCUAUCUUCUUUGUGUUUGUCACUAUUGUUUCGAAGGCUUUUCCACAGCGGUCUAAUCCUAAAUGACACCGCUCUUAAGAUUUACAUUGACUUUAAAAAGGCCCAUUGAAACAGACUAAUCGUAUUUGCAUAUGAUUUUCACGAAUGUAAAUACUUUCAACUUGCCUCCGCAAGUCAUUAUAAAACGUUUGUUCAGUGUUUUCUCGUGUUAAAAGCCUCUGAAAUCGGACCGUGUUUAUCUCGAAGGUGUAUGACUUUAGCUAGCAAAUUAACCCAUCUUCUGAGACAGCUGUCUUUUUAUCUCUCAAAGCUUUGCUCAAGAUUCACGUGUGUGGUCCUCUUCCAAGCAUUCCAGCUAUGAUUUUUUAUUAGCGUCUAAAUCACUAAAAAUUAAAAACAUCCGUGCUAACAGAAAUUAAUAAACUUCAUAUUUCCAUGAGUUUUGGUGUAAUUAAAAAAUCCGCUCUUGCAGCCGGAUAUGUUUCAAUUAUGUUUGCUAAUUUUACUGUUUCGGUGUGCUAUUUCAUCUAUUCAUAGAGAACCCUUGAAAUCUGUGCGACCUGAAAUGUUUGUUCAUCACUAAGAAAGUAAAAUAUUUAAAUUGUCUCCAGCGUGGAUCCUGAAAGUUGGGUUCUGUUUCAUUUAUCCUGUUCCCCUCAACAGCCAUUUUCUUGUUCCUCGGUGAAGUCAACCUUGUGGGGUAAUUCAAUUUCAUUGCAGAAUAGUAAACAUACUUUCUUUUAAUCUCUCUUAAACCAGUUUUUCACUUUAAAAGCUUAGGGUUAUGAGCAGCUUUUAGUGAAUAAAAUACCCCGUUUAAGAAACUAAACAGACCCUAUUCUAAUUAAAUAUUCCAAGGUGACCAGGUUUUUUUUGACAUGAUAGAAAACCUGAGUUAUAAAAUGUUCGGAAGGAAAGAUGAAAAAACUUGAGAAAGAGGAUUUCACCGUCAUGAACAGCUUUAAUUAUUUUCACCUCUAGUCAAGAUAAAUAGAGAUAUCCUAAAAGUUACCAAGCCUUGCUAUCAGGAAAGAAACAAGGCUUCCAUUUUCUUGUUCUGUUCAAACUCACUCUAAAAAAGUGUUUAGUGCCUUACUGAGUUCUUAUUUGAUUGCUCACACUGAAUAUUUCAUCCAAAAAUUAAAAGCUGGAAGGCUGACCACGGGAAAGUACUGCUCAGUCGAUUUCAUCUGAAUGGUGACUCUGCACAGGAUUAGUUGCAAGCUACAACCACAUGACAUCAUUAGCUUGUUCUGUAGGAAAGUAAUGGGGAAGAUAACAGGCCUGUUUAGGGUUUUUUGCAGACUCAUAAUUCCAGACACCUCAAGCGAACUUUACUGAGGAUUUUUAUUAUCAUUAUUUAAGAUGUCCACCAUGGUCACUCCAAAAAACGUUAAAAAUGAAUGAUUUCUAGACUACCACAUAACCUUGCUUGUCUUAUUUGUACAUCGAAAAUAUGAUUCAAUUUCUGCAAGUAUAAUAUUUCUUAGUAACAAUUUCAACGAAAAUGAUGACCCCAACUGUUAGUACGAAUGAGUUCUAGGACUUUCUUGUCAAAAACUAGAUAGACGACCCAAGAAUAUUUAGAAGUGCUUAUUAAUAUUCCUCCCUGUGGAUAAAAUGAUAUUUCUUGCUGGAGGCAAGUUUUCAUUUGUAAAUUUAGGUUGAUGACUCAUAAAAGAAGAUACACAUUUUUGAUACACAAGCCGUGAGUAACACACGAAAGACGUUAUUGGGUUUUGUUCGCUUUUAGUUGCUUUGCAUUUUCCCUAUUUGGUUAUGCGAACGCUAGCAAAACAUCCUAAGUUUGUAGUGCAAUUGAAAAAUUUUGCAUCUUAAUGAUUUUAUUUUUUCCGGACCAAAUCGCGCCUUAAAUGGAGGCUUCAUGGUUUUUCUUGAAUUGGCUGGAAAACAAAAAAUGAAGAUCUAAUAUUGGCAUGUUAUGUAGGAAGUUCGCGUUUUUGGCUUUCCUUUUCGUCAUGAACUCGUUACGCCGAUUUAUUUAAAACAAACUGGUGUGGUGUCAUUGAGAAUGAACACAAAGUUGUUUAUAUCAAGCGAUUCUUUCGCUUUUUGUUGUUUCAUUAGUUUAGAAGCUAUUUGUAAGUUGUUGAGGUGAAUCCUGCUGAUAGCAAUACGUCUUUAGCGUGGUUUUAAAGUGAUAUGUGACCAUGAACGGGCGAGAGCCAAGUGAUAAGUCAUCGGAAUCGCGCCUGAGUAAUUGCAUAACGUUUUGAUUUGUUCAUCUGAAUUACUUCUAAUGAAAGCAAAAGUAUAGAAAGUAAUGAAACAUCAACCAAAACUUGUCUAAUUUACGGAAAUUGUUGAUAUUUAUCAACAUGUACUCCGUUUUACCAGAAUUUUCCUCUCGAUGUUAGGUGCACGUUCACCCACGAAGCCCACACUUGACGCCCAAAAAAAGUAUGAUGCGAUUAUUAUUAAAUCUGCAUAAAAAUAGCUUUGAUAUGUUUUGGAUUCCACGGUUUUGUCUGGAGUGAAAAAUCAAUGAGUUUUCUAACGAGAGCAAUAGGAACAACAGUGAGCAUUGUUUCUAAUACGUUGAGAGUUAAGACCGAAUCUGAGAGCUUCAAUUGAUAAGCACAACUUUCUAGUCGCUUCGGUAACAGUUUUCCAUCUUUGUUGUGAAGAAAUGACUAUGAUAUGUUUGUAUUUAAUUUGAGCGUUUUAGUCUCGAGCACGUAGUCGAAUUUUUAAGCUGGCCAGAAAAUGACAAAUAUUGUUCUCUUAGUUUGCUCUUAAAAUCAAACGAGGAGUUAGUGAUAGCGUAAUCAAAACUGUUAACGAACUCGUUUUCGGCUGAUUCCAAUAAACUUGAGUUGCUUUACAAUCGUGAAAGAUAGAAAUAAAUUAUUUGUAAACAUAAAGUAAUUGAUGUUGUAGAAACAGUAGUGCACGAAAAUUGUUGUUAUUUAGAAUCUUCUGGUGGUCAUUUUGAGUGCUUUUUAGGGUGGAAGUUUUAUUUAGCUCUUUCUCUCGCAACUUUGAGAGUAAGCAGUGCCUCCCCAAGCAUUCCGAUGAUGCAAUACGAUAGUUCAACCUGUAUCCAGUCAAGUUCUAUUGGCUAAUGACGCUAAAAGUGAAUGACCCAAAUAAUGUUCCUAUCCGUACAAACAAUGCUGUGUGGGUGUGUUUUCAGAAGCCAAUGAAAAUAGAGGUUUCUGAGAACUUAAUGAUUCCAGGUCUUGUGUGUAGCCAGGUAGUGAACAAAGUAUGCACUUAUUAGCAUGCGACUUGCUAUUGGUGAAUAGUGGCAUGAGUAGACAGUGCCAUACCAAUAUCGUAAAGGUGGAACAGCACUGGUCUAUUUUAUCCAGUAACACUCUGAAAAACUAAAGGACUUUAGACUCGGCAUUGCUUUGUCCACCCCGUUUUCCUCCCAAAAAGCACUGGAGACCAAAGGAGAUGAGCGUUAGAAGUUUGCAGUGCAUUUUUAACUCUCAACUCAAACACGUAGGCUCAAACAACGAAGGCCUUGAUUCGUUGAUGGUGCAUAAAUUGCGGGUACACGUGAAAAUGUUUAGGGGCGGGGAUUGCUGUACAUAAAUUGUCCCAAGUUACUAUGCUGGUCUUCGUGUUUCUCCAGACUAUUGGACGAAGCGCCUUCAAAAACUUCUUUUACUAACAAGUUAGUUCUUUGACGCUCUUCUAGGUGCUUGACGAAAACGAUAACUCGCCAGAAAUAACCGUGACCAACUUCUCAGAAGCAUUUGACGGAAAAGGACGGCUUCCAGAGGACACCCUACUAAAAACUGGUCUUGCUAUGGUGACAGUAAAUGACAGAGACAGUGGCCAAAACGGUCGCGUGACGGUCACGCUACAGCGCCACAAGCAGGAUUUCGAACUAGCGGAAAUGUUCCCUGGGUCAUACUUACUUGUAGUAAAGAAUCCUUUGAGCCUCGACCGCCACAAGCAAUACAAGAUAAAAAUUGUCGCAGAGGAUCAAGGUGUCCCGACGUCACGGCGGAACAGUCGUGUUUUUGUGGUUAAGUUGGCGGACAGUAACAGAAAUGCUCCUGUAUUCUCUCAGGACGUAUAUAACUUAGAAGUCCGUGAUGACGUCACAGUUAGUGAAGUGGUCACCAUGGUAACGGCAACUGACGAAGAUCAGGGGAGAAACGCAGAGUUGACAUACAUCAUAGAGAGUUUAAGCAUCGGGAAACUUAACGGAACUGAAGAGGAUAAGAGCAAGUGGUUUUCGAUUGAUCCCACAACUGGCCAUGUGCGCGUUUUGUCCAAGUUGUGGUGUGCUUUUACUCCAUCCUUUCGACUCCAAAUUGACGUGAAGGAUAAAGGCCGCGUGCCUUUACAUGGGAAAACAACACUUAAUAUUUCCGUUCGGUGUUCUAAACAUUUGUUCAACUUCAGUGUGGCAGAGAAUGAACCUGAAGGGACUGAAGUUGGAAAAAUCCCUUUUUCCAAUGUUAUCCCGGAGAGGCCACUUCAGAUAAGACUGCUUUCGGACGCUAAUCAAGAGUUCGCCAUUGAUGAAAAAACAGGCGUCCUCACUACAAAGAGGCUACUUGACCGAGAAGAUGUUUCCUCAUAUUUGCUAACAGCUGUUUUAUCAGAUGGAAGCGCGGAAAUGAAACUCGCGGUGAACAUAAAGAUUGUGGAUGAGAAUGAUAACACUCCAGUGUUCAUAGGUUUAAGGGACCACGAUAACAUAACACUUACAAAUCUCGUUUUCGGCUGAUUCCAAUAAACUUGAGUUGCUUUACAAUCGUGAAAGAUAGAAAUAAAUUAUUUGUAAACAUAAAGUAAUUGAUGUUGUAGAAACAGUAGUGCACGAAAAUUGGUGUUAUUUAGAAUCUUCUGGUGGUCAUUUUGAGUGCUGGGUGGAAGUUUCAUUUAGCUCUUUCUCUCGCAACUUUGAGAGUAAGCAGUGCCUCCCCAAGCAUUCCGAUGAUGCAAUACGGUAGUUCAACCUGCAUCCAGUCAAGUAAGGGCGCGAGGAAGCUCUUAGAAUAUACCUUGUUCUAUUGGCUAAUGACGCUAAAAGUGAAUGACCCAAAUAAUGUUCCUAUCCGUACAAACAGUGCUGUGUGGGUGUGUUUUCAGAAGCCAAUGAAAAUAGAGGUUUCUGAGAACUUAAUGAUUCCGGGUGUUCUGUGUAGCCAGGUAGUGAACAAAGUAUGCACUUAUUAGCAUGUGACUUGCUAUUGGUGAAUAGUGGCAUGAGUAGACAGUGCCAUACCAUUAUCGUAAAGGUGGAACAGCACUGGUCUAUUUUAUCCAGUAACACUUUGAAAAACUAAAGGACUCCAAACUCGACAUUGCUUUGUCCAUCCCAUAUUCCUCCCAAAAAGCACUGGAGACCGAAGGAGAUGAGCGUUAGAAGUUUGCCAUGCAUUUUUAACUCUCAACUCAAACACGUAGGCUCAAACAACGAAGGCCUUGAUUCGUUGAUAGUGCAUAAAUUGCGGGUACACGUGAAAAUAUUUAGGGGAGGGAUUGCUGUACAUAAAUUGUCCCAAGUUACUAUGCUGGUCUUCGUGUUUGCCCAGACAAUUCGACGAAGCGCCUUCAAAAACUUCUUUUACUAACAAGUUAGUUCUUUGACACUCUUCUAGGUGCUUGACGAAAACGAUAACACGCCAGAAAUAACCGUGGCCAACAUCUCAAGGGUAUUUGACGGAAAAGGACGGCUUCCAGAGGACACCCUACCAAAAACUGGUCUUGCUAUGGUGACAGUAAAUGACAGGGACAGUGGCCAAAACGGUCGCGUGACGGUCACGCUACAGCACCACAAGCAGGAUUUCGACCUAGCGGAAAUGUUCCCUGGGUCAUACAUACUUGAAGUAAAGAAUCCUUUGAGCCUCGACCGCCACAAGCAAUACAAGAUAAAAAUUGUCGCUGAGGAUCAAGGUGUCCCGACGUCACGGCGGAACAGUCGUGUGUUUGUGGUUAAGUUGGCGGACAGUAACAGAAAUGCUCCUGUAUUCUCUCAGGACGUAUAUAAGUUAGAAGUCCGUGAUGACGUCACAGUUAGUGAAGUGGUCACCAUGGUAACGGCAACUGACGAAGAUCAGGGGAGAAACGCAGAGUUGACAUACAACAUAGAGAGUUUAAGCAUCGGGAAACUUAACGGAACUGAAGAGGAUAAGAGCAAGUGGUUUUCGAUUGAUCCCACAACUGGUCAAGUGCGCGUUGUGUCGGAGUUGUGGUGUGCUUUUACUCCAUCCUUUCGUCUCCAAAUUGACGUGAAGGAUAAAGGCCGCGUGCCUUUUCAUGGGAAAACAACACUUAAUAUUUCCGUUCGGUGUUCUAAACAUUUGUUCAACUUCAGUGUAACAGAGAAUGAACCUGAAGGGACUGAAGUUGGAAAAAUCCGUUUUUCCAAUGUUAUACCGGACAGGCCACUUCAGAUAAGAUUGCUUUCGGACGGUAAUCAAGAGUUCGCCAUUGAUGAAAAAACAGGCGUCCUCACUACAAAGAGGCUACUUGACCGAGAAGAUGUGUCCUCAUACUUGCUAACAGCUGUUUUAUCAGAUGGAAGCGCGGAAAUGAAACUCGCGGUGAACAUAAAGAUUGUGGAUGAGAAUGAUAACACUCCAGUGUUCAUAGGUUUAAGGGACCACGAUAACAUAACACUUACAAAACCGGUUUUUAUCGGAGAAACAAUUUUGAAAGUACAGGCUGUGGACGAAGAUUCUGGGUCAAACGGGCAAGUGCAAUACUCCAUUGUCGGUGGGAAUGACAAUCAAGUGUUUCGCAUAAACACGCGAAACGGGAGAAUCACGCUUCGAAAACAACUGAAUAAGGCAUUGUAUAAACUGACGAUCAAAGCUUCGGAUUCUGGUGUCAUUGAAGAAGAAAGUUUUCUCCGCUUAAGCAUCUCCGUCAAGUUCAUAACACCUGCCCCUCCCUCCUCACCCCCAACGACAAAAAAUGUGGGGGUAGUAGAUAGCAGGAAGGGCGGCUUCUUCGAGGAUACGAAAAUGAUCAUUAUUAUCGCGGUUGCUGCGGGCGUCUUGUUAUUGACUAUUUUUCUGACAGCGGUAUUCUGCAUUAGGCACAGGCGCAAAGGAGAAAAGAAACCGGAUGAAGUGGGUAAUCGCGGGAGCUAUCAUGAACCAGAUAUCAGUCGCGAGGACGCGCUCAUGGCGUCCAAGAAAAUGUUCCACCAAGCUACCGCUAAACAGCGCCAGUCACCUAGUACACGACAAAAAACAGUCAACGUCUCACCCUACCCUAUUAAAAAGAUGCACUCAAUGCCGUAUCAAGCCGCAGGGACAGGGUCUCCCACCGGACCGGUCAAACCGGAUAUGUACUACCCGGUUGAACAGGAAAUGAUAGAGUAUGGUAGCAGUGACGAUGAACUAGACAGUGGACGUGGUGGGAGCUCUCGCUCAAGUCCAUAUUGCACUCACAGUCCACCAUCCAAGAAGAAGGAGAAUUGGUCACACCCUCACGUGCGAUAUAACGCCCCUGCGCCUUACAGGGCUCGUGGUCCUGCUCUUCCCCCAUCCCCUCCCCCUUACGAAGAAGUUCAAAGGCGACCAGAAUUCGUGACCAUUUCAGGAAUCACGCAUUCCACUACGGAUCUCUAGAUACAUGUAUCCUUAGCGCACACAUUAGCCUGCGUGGCAGGCAUUCAAAAGGGAAGGGGAAGGGAAUUUGGUCGAGAGACCGUGCGCGAGGCAGAAGGGAGUAGAGGUACGCAGUCCUAUUCCUCCCCCACGCGCGCCUUUCGCGCUCACACUUCUUGCGCGUUCGUAAUCCCCUUAUCCUUCCCUUUUAAACGCCUGCCACGCCAGGGUACAAACACACACAUAAAUUAAAAAGCAGUAUCCUGAGCUUUGGACGACGCGCUAGUUUGGAACGUCUACAUUAUUUCACCCCUAUCGAUCAUCGCGUUCUUUCUUGAAAUAUUGUAUAUAUACGUCCGUUACUGUUUACAUUCACCCAACUUUCGAUUACUUUAAAAACGAGAGGAAACUGGACCGAGCAUUCGCAAAGUCUUCUGGGAUGGUUACUAGGGACGCGCUGGUCAUCUAUUGGCCAAUUUGUUUUCCUGUCCUCCGUAACAAUCCCAGAAGUCUUUGCGAACGUUUACUUGUUUUGAGAAAUUUAGGUAGGUGAGCCAGCAUGAACUUGAAAAGCUAUUCACCUCAGUUGCCAGAGGCAAACGCCGAAACAAACAUUUAGGUCAAAAGAAAAAAUAGCUGAUUUGGAAUUGUACUAGAUUUAUACUGCUAUAUCAAAUAUGUUAUAUCAAGUUUUCUGAGUUUUCUUGUCUCGGGAAAGCGUUAAGUAGAAUGUUAAUAUUUUGUAAGUAAUUCAC